AGCGAGCGCUGGAAUGUUUACGGUUGCCAGGGUGACGGCGUUGCCGGGCGCCGGGGCAGGCUGGGGACCGGAGCCGCCGCGCCAGGCGCCCGCUGGCCAUGAGCGCCCAUCCCGUCCAGGGGCUGCCCCUGCUGCCGGGCAGCGCCUUCAGCGACCCCACGAAAUCGGCUUUCCAUCGCUCCCAGACACUGGGCUAUAGGAAUGGCUUUGCCUGUUCACGGCUACCGACGAUGGGGAUAGGCAGGGAGCGACUCUAUGUGAACCAGCUCUCCCAGGCCGAAUUAGAUGAACUGUCCAACAAGAGACCCACGCUGACCUACGGGCAAGCCAAGCAGGCCCCACCUUCCGACUUCAUUCCAGCACAUGUGGCUUUUGACAAAAAGGUGUUGAAGUUUGAUGCCUAUUUCCAGGAAGAUGUUCCUAUAUCCACAGAAGAGCAUUUCCGGAUCCGCCAAGUGGGUAUUUAUUACUACUUGGAGGACGACAGCAUGUCUGUCAUGGAGCCCAUCGUGGAGAACUCGGGUAUUCCUCAGGGCAAGCUCAUCAAACGCCAGCGGAUACCCAAGAAUGACCGAGGGGACCAUUACCACUGGAAAGACCUGAAUCGGGGCAUGAACAUCACCAUCUAUGGCAAGACUUUCCGCAUAGUCGACUGUGACCCGUUCACACAGGUAUUUCUGGAGAGCCAAGGAAUUGAACUGAACCCUCCUGAGAAAAUGAUUUUCGACCCGUACACGGAGCUCCGGAAGAUGCCCAUGCGCAUGUAUGUCACGCCGUCGAGCUUCGACCAGCUCAAACAGUUUCUGACCUUUGACAAGCAGGUCCUUCGCUUCUACGCCAUAUGGGACGACACCGAGAACAUGUUUGGCGAGAACCGGCCUUUCAUCAUCCAUUUCUACCUGGCUGACGACACGGUGGAGGUUCGGGAACUCCACGAACGCAACGAUGGCAGAGACCCUUUCCCGGUGCUGAUCAGACGCCAGCGCUUGCCCAAAAGCUUUGUGGACAAGAUGAAAACCUUCCCCCGCUGCGUGCUGGAGAUCUCCAAUCAGGAGGUGCUGGAGUGGUACACUGUUAAAGAUUUUGCCGUUGGCAAGCCCAUCACCCUCCUGGGGCGCAGUUUCUUCAUCUACGACUGUGAUGAGUUCACAAGACAGUUCUAUUACGAGAAGUUUGGCAUCACUGACUUCCAGCCGGUGGAUGUAAAGAAGAAGCCACCAGAGGAAGUGCCACAGAUCAUUCCUCCCUACAAUGGUUACGGCUUCCUGGAAGACUCCCUGCAGAACUGCUUCUCCCUACUGCCGCAGCCUCCCAGGAAAAACUUUAUUAAGAUGCUAGAGAAUGACCACAAGGUGCUGCGCUAUCAGGUUGCACUGGAAUCGCCAAACCCUGAGGAGAGAAAGCGCCAGUUCAUCCUCUCUUAUUUCCUCUCCACUGACAUGAUCAGCAUCUAUGAGCCGCCUGUCCGCAAUUCAGGCAUCAUUGGAGGCAAAUACUUAGGAAAGACCAAAGUCCCCAAGCCAGGCUCCACUACAGAUAACCCUGUUUACUAUGAGCCAGCGGACCUCACCAUUGGUGCCACGGUUGAAGUGUUUGGCCACAGGUUUAUCAUCACCGAUGCUGACGAGUACGUCUUGAAUUACAUGGAGAGCAACGCCGAGAGUUUCCCUGCAACAACGCUGCAGUCUCUGCGGGAUCACUUUGCCCCUCGACGAACGGCAGUGCAGGCAGCGGAGAGCCAGUCAGCAGCGGGGAUGGGCAGGCAGGAACUGGAAGAGCUAGUGAAGCAGGUUCAGGAGCAGCUGAAGCACCAUAACUACUUGAGUAACAGCAGCAUGCGGGAGGCGUUCCUUCACCACGACAAGGAUAGCUCCGGAUUCCUCGACAAAGAAGAGUUCUUUGCCCUCUGCAACCGCUUCAACCUGCCGGUCAGCGACGCCCUGGUUAACAAGCUGAUCAGCCUGUGUUCGCAUGGGGAGAACCAGAUCAGUUACCAUGACUUCAUCAGAGCGUUUUCCUGCUGAGCAGCCCCCGGAAGGGGAGACACAACCCAGCCAACUGUCCCAGCUGAAUGACACAUAUUCAAAUAUUGUACCUCUAGACUCCCUCCCCCUCCUCCCCCCGUCGCUUCAUUGAGCGCUGCUCAGCCCUUCGGCACCAGGUCACCUCAUCUCUGCCCCACUUACCUUCCUCCCUCACUGAGCUCAAUGUCCCAAAUGCGGGGCCUGCAAGCAGAGCCUGUAGAAAAAGCUUCAUUUGUAUUAAAGAAAUGACUCCA